AUGUCUGUGGCAACCCCGGCAGCUUCUACUCCAGAGGCGGCAUCUACGAAUGGUGUCGCGAGCUCAUCAGAGCCACCGCCAGCUCCCGAUCGCACAAUCCUGGAAUACCUUCGUGCUAAAGGCUACAAGGAGGCAGAGAAAGAGCUUCUGGCAGCACUGGAGAGUAUUGCGUCUGGUGAUAAGGGCAAGCAACCCGAAGCUUCUUCUGAACCGUCAACAAUAUCGCCGGAAGACCUGGUGAAGGCUCUGGCCGUCUAUGCGCAGAAAUCCUCCCGCCCUGGAGAAAACGCGCUCAAAGACCCAGCAAGUGUCAUCCAAGAGCUCGCUUCUACCGGUAACACAACGACUAUUCAAAAUCUCAUCGCAAGCAUAGAUGCUGUUGGUGCUGAGGAGAUCUUGUCGCUUGACCCAGCAGACAAACAAGAGGGAUUCCGGGAGCUUGAGGCCUGGGUAGAUGGAUCUCUCGACAUGUACAGACCUGAAUUCAGGCCGAUUCUUUUCCCUAUCUUCUGUCACUUCUACCUUGAUCUCAUACAGUAUGGGUUUAAGGAAGCAGCCCUCAAGUUCUAUGCAGAAUUUGCUCCACAUUUGCCACUUGCUCAUAGUGCUACUCUGCAUCAUCUGUCGAAUCUUCUUCUCCCCUUUCACGUGCAAAAUGACGAGCUUGCGCAACGAUUCCGCAACGAGAAAUACACGCUGCGGAUGAGCCGCUCCGGAUUCAGUCUACUUGUUGGUUGGCUGACUGAGGGUAUCGGAGGGGAAGCGACUGGAGCGGGAGAGGGUUUUUCAGGCGAAAGGGGGAAAAGAGGACGGGCAGCGGUCAUGCGUGUUGUCAACAACCACCUCAGAUUUGACGUAACUGCAUCUACAACAACGUCCAUCUCUCCGAGCGCGUGGGAGGAAUCUACUGGUUUUCUUUCAUCGGUAAUCCCGCAAACUAAUGGCACUGCGAUCGUGAACAACCCUCAAGCAUUCAAUGCUGCAGAGGGGGAGCUCAAGUUGGGCCAGGCGCCACUAUCGGAAGAGCUGAAGACGGAAACGGAGCGCACACUGAGGGAGCAAGCUAUGAUGGAUGCCGGGGGUCACCAAGACAUUCAGUACUUCCACCAUAUACACACUGCGCCAUCAGGCGUGACGGCGCCUGCGCCAUCUGAUCUUCCGCCAUAUCCUCCGGCGUUCAAGGCUGUCGAUGUGAAGCGGGAAGUAGAGAAAGUCCGAGACGCUCGCAAACGAAUUCGACUGGAUCCUUCUAGCUCUAGUCAUCAACAACAAGGAGGGAGCAAAGCCCGUCCUCUUCCAAGCAUAUGCGCGUAUACUUUGCAUGAUGUUGGUGAAGGUGUACCGUGUUGUACAUUCUCUCAAGAUGCCUCCUUGAUGGCUGUUGGCUUCUCUGAGAGCUACAUCCGCUUGUGGAGUCUAAAAGGCGAGAAGCUGAAAGGAUACAGGAGUGACUUCCAGUCAAAUUCAAUCCGAGAUGUCGCAUCUCUGCGCAAGGCACGAGAGAAAGGAGGCUCGAGCACGCGGAAGCUCAUCGGACACAGCGGUCCCGUCUAUUCUGUCGCAUUCGACCCGAUAGGCGGGUCUGCGACGCCUCCUCGAUACCUGCUCUCGGCAUCUGCAGAUGCGACGACUCGGUUAUGGUCUCUCGACACUAUGACUAAUGUGGUUGCGUAUAGAGGCCAUCAAAAUCCUGUGUGGGACGUACAAUGGGGCCCGAUGGGAAUUUACUUUGCGACGGCUAGUCGGGACCGAACAGCGCGAUUGUGGUCGACAGACAGAGCAUCUACGCUGAGAGUGUAUGCUGGGCAUCUGAGCGACGUCGACUGUGUACGCUUCCAUCCAAACUCGUUAUAUCUCGCGACCGGAUCAAGUGAUUGGACGGCGCGGUUGUGGGACGUCCAGCGCGGGUCUUGCGUUCGAGUCUUUGUCGGGCAUCAAGGCAUUGUGUCCACGCUGGCAUUCAGCCCGGAUGGGCGCUACCUCGCAACUGCGGGCGAGGACCUGGCAAUCAAUCUCUGGGACCUUGGUUCAGGAAAACGCAUCAAAAAGAUGACAGGACACACAGCGUCCGUAUAUUCCCUGGCGUUUAGCGAAGAGUCAUCUAUGCUCGUAUCCGGUGGUGCUGACUGGACCGUGCGGUGUUGGGACGUGAAGAGCGCUGGCGGGUUGCCCGGAAAGCCUAAGGAAAAUGGUGUGCUGACAAACGGUACAAGUAUGACGACUGAAAGCCCGAAUGGGAAAGAAGAAGAAGGUAUCGAGACUACCGACCUCCUCGCCUCAUUUCCUACCAAGCGGACGCCGAUCAUCGACGUUCAAUUCACGCCUCGCAACCUAUGUCUCGUGGGUGGUCCGUACCUGAGCCCUGAGCAGCGAUGA